AUGUCACUAGCUUGUUUGGCAGCAGGAGAUAUAUUUAUUCCAGUAGAAAUUGAAGAGGGUGAUAUUUACACGGGAAUUUAUAAAGUUCUUCAAACUAUUAGACCAGCUUGGCCACCAGAAAGAAUUAAUUUUAAGCUUUUCACUGAUGGUAUUACAAAUAAAUUGAUUGCGUGUUAUUUAAACAAUGAAAUUGGUGAAGGAGAUGAUGUUAUGCUUGUUCGUAUUUAUGGGAAUAAAACCGAUCUGCUUAUUGAUAGAACGGCAGAAGUAAGAAAUAUCACUACCCUCAAUGUGCUAGGCUUAGCACCAAAAAUUUAUGGAGUAUUUAAGAAUGGUUUAGUUUAUGAAUAUUUUCCUGGGGAAACGCUCAAUGUUAACUCAGUGGUAGAUACAAAAAUAGCAACUAAGGUGGCUCAACAAAUGGCAAAAAUGCACAAAGUGCAACUCAGUAAAGAGAUCAAAAAAGAACCUUUGCUUUGGGAUAAAAUUGAAAAUUUUUUAAGUUUGAUACCAGAGUCUUUUACAGAGAAAGUGAAACAAAUCAGAUUUGCCAAUAGUUUCGGAUCGGUAACAAGACUAAGGAUAGAGUUUGAACGACUAAAGUUGCGCUUAAUCAAUAUUGAGAGCCCAAUAGUGUUUGCUCACAAUGAUUUGCUUCUAGGAAACGUGAUCUACAAUGAAUCUAAAGGGACAGUAUCGUUCAUUGACUAUGAAUAUGCCGCUUAUAACUACCAAGCUUUUGACAUAGCAAACCAUUUCAACGAGUACGUGGGUUUGUCAAUCGAUGAUAUCGAUUACAGUCGAUACCCAAGCAAAGAUUAUCAAAUGUUUUGGAUACGUACAUAUUUAUCCGAUUAUUUAAGUAAGGAUCCAAGUGAAACAGAAGUGGAAAAGGUAUUCAAAGAGGUUCAACAGAUGUCCUUGGCGUCACAUUUUAUGUGGGGCAUUUGGUCACUCGUGCAAUAUGAACUUUCGCAAAUCGAUUUUGAUUUUGGGAAAUAUGCAGAAAUACGCUUAAAAAGGUAUUAUGAGCAGAAGGACAAAAUUUUUAGUGAACCAAAAUAA